UUGAACAGUAACAAUUAGAGCAAUUAGAACACUUAGAAUAACUCGAACAAUAGAAGGAAUUCAAAUGGAAUUAAGGCAGAUGGAAUGCAGAGUAAUUUAAAUCGAGUUAGUGUAAAUGGAACAAAACUGAAACAGUCAAAGUAGUUCGAACAGUUGAACAGAUCAAAAAGAGUCAGUGCACUUGGAACAGUUAGAGUAGAAUUACUAAAAACUCAUUUCAAUUUUCAAAUCAGUUAUCGUACCACAAUUUAAAAAUCUCCAAGUACAAAAGCGCCUUCUACAACUCAAUUUUGAAUCAUGCCAUUUUUCCCGCUCAAUUUUCGUAUAUUAUCGAUAUGACAAAUUCGUAUCGAUAUGCCCCUUCUUCGAAUACGCAUGCAUCGAUGUUUGUAUAUAUCGAUAAUAACUGAAGCUAAAAAUUAUUACAAUCAACCAAUAAUUAAUAAUCAAGCAAAUAAUAAAUUAAUUAUUGCUAAAAUACAUAAAUGAAGUUGAAAUUAGGGUGACGCAUGCGUAGGGUCCCCUUUUUUACUCCGAUAUAUCGAAAAUUAUCAAACAGCUGUUUGUACACGUCGUCAAGGAUCACGAGCCGUCGUGUGGUUUGAGGUCAUCGCGAAUAUCGAAAAAGUCCGAGAAAUUUCCCGAAAUUCCCGUCGGAAAAUCGGUUCCGGGUGUUCGUCCUGCUCUUCGGCAGUUUUUCCUCAUGGAGAACUCCAACUCGGACGGUGUCGUCCUGCCGGACAUCUCCGAAGCCGAACAGCUCGCGAGCGAGCACGACGACAAUGGCGACGACGAAACUAUCGAUACGAAAAAUAUACCAAGGGUUUCGACGACUGUUAAUGUUAGACAUGCUGGAGUUCCUGUUUCUUUACCUGUUGGAAGUCUCAUUACUAGUACCUUCAAUGUGAUCACGCAAGACCAAAUGCAGCAUUUCAAACCAAUGCUGUGCGUGGACAAUAAUGGGUACUUAGCAGAUGGUUCCGGUACUGAACUCAAAACCAUCGUAAUUCAACAGGAAGAUGUCAGAGCAAGCUCAGUCACACCAAAUUCGAUAGGAUCGUGGAGCGAAGCUGCCAACUUGCCCAUAUUACCUGUUAGGUGUAAAAAUACGUCAGCAGAGUUGCACAAAGGUCGUUUCGGUUCCGGAGGUCGCGGCCGGUGCAUAAAACUGGGAACCACUUGGUACACGCCUAGCGAAUUUGAGGCUCUAUGCGGAAGAGCAUCCAGUAAAGACUGGAAAAGAAGUAUACGCUUCGGCGGCCGAAGUUUACAAACCCUAAUCGACGAAGGCAUCAUUUUACCGCACGCGACUAGCUGCACAUGCGCAGCUUGCUGCGACGACGAAUCAGCCACUGGACCAGUAAGACUCUUCACACCUUACAAACGGAAACGGAGGAAAGAGAGCGACAACGCUAACAAACGAGCAGCUGGAACAGCUGCAAACGCAAACACUUCUAAUGAAGAGGACAGCGAUCAUCUUGGCGAACAUCAAGCAAAAGAAGAAGCUUGGCAAAGCCUGGCUGAUGGCCUGGAUUCAAAUGAUUAUCAACUAAUGGAGCCUAUUGCAGUGCUGGAUCCUGGAGUUUAUAUUAAAAAAUUGGAAGAGAUUUCCAAUCAAAUUAAUAGGCUUUCUGGAGAAUAUAAAAGAUGUGUAGACGACUUGAAAGAAAGCGUAAUGCGCCAGCAAGAAAAACACGAACGAGAAAAAGAAUCUGCUAUUUUAGCAGCAAGAGUGGAAGCCCAAGUAGCUGCUUUAGGCUCUGAAGGAAACGGAGAUCCUACGUUGCAGCAAUUGGAUACUGACAACCAGAAAAAGUGUGCCAACUGUAAUAGAGAAGCUCUAGCAGAGUGUUCACUAUGCAGAAGAACUCCUUAUUGUUCAACGUUUUGUCAAAGAAAAGAUUGGGCUUCGCAUCAAGUUGAAUGUGUCAGAGGUGUUGCGUCUGAUAAUGGAGGCCAGCAAAGCAUUAUGCUUAUUGUGGAAAGUACUGACCAACAAUGAGUUUUUGACUCAAAUGUACAUACUUUGUAAAUUAGCUAUUAAGAUUUUAUCAUCCAUUAGGUUAAUAAACAGAAAUAACUUCAUCCAUUAAUUAAUUUCCAUAUAGGUAUGUGAUAAUAUUAAUAAUUAAAUUCCAGAGUUGAUUGAAAUUUCUAUUACUUAAUCACCAUUUUAAUUCGUUAAUAAUUAUCAGAGGUAGUUAAUUUUUGUAUGCUCAUUACCAAAAAUAUAGUUUGUAAUGUUUGAAAAUA